AUGCCGAAGCCAGUGCCAGUAGAGGAUCUGGUGAUCCCGCCUCAGGACGCCAAGAUCUGCGGGACUAUAUGUAUCUGUCAGAUGACGGCGGUUCUGUCAUCCGUGGCUCUGGUAUACCUAACGGUCGCGAUCUACAUGCCGUUCACAAGAGCCUAUCAAUCUGGCAUCAGUGAGGUGCCGAUGAUGUGCACAACGAUCCGCGCAGUGAACGCGGACAACUGCGACUGGGGCAGCUGCGGAGAGUGGUGCCUUUCGAAAACUUCCGGUCCAUGUGUUCAGAUCCACGUGAACCUCCGCAGAAACGGGUCCACGAUCCUCCUCGCGAACUGUACGAACACCACAAACAAGACUUGUUACGGUAUCGAUCAGGAGAACGCGAAGAAAUCGAAAUGCAUCGCGGACGAGUGCCGUAACCUAACCGGCACGUUCAACUGUUCGUCCGGGGUGUGCAUAAAUAUUACCGACGCGUUCGAGUGUAUAUUCCACGACACCGAUCCACCGAUGAAGUGUUCCGGUAGACGCGGCAAGAUCACUUGCAUAGAUAUAGACGGUCUGUUCAAUUGCAACCGUGGGACCUGCGAGCGUAUACGGACCCCGUACAAUUGCGACCGUAGAUGCGUCGAUAUCCCAACGAGAAACAAGAAUAUGAUACUGCUCAGCGGAGACAAGGUAUAUCUCAGCCAAUGCGAAAGGGCUAUAGACGUGCUGAGUAAUCGUGAGAUCUGGCACGAGGAUCGUGGCGACGUCAUGAUGGCGUCCUGUUAUGGGAUAUUCAAUUCGACUCUGGGUGUCGAGGCUGUGGAUUGUAUCAACGGUUCCGUCCUGGAGAAGGACCUUCUCACAGAUCUGACCAACUUCACCUAUCUAUCCUAUCUUAAUCUAUAUGCUACCAAACCCCUGGAUGAGUCCAGAAUGGUCGCGCCACCGGAACAGGAUCUGAUCAUCGCGAAUGAGAGCCGUUUGCUGAUCAAUCUCGAGGGUUGCGUCAAUACCCUUCGUGACGAGUGCAGGGACUUCCUUCACGAGUACGGGAAGGACGGUUCCGAUCACAACGCUAGAGCCAGAUUUCCGUGUUACUUCGCGGAGGGUAACACCGGGGUGGUGGUAUCCCGGUUCAAUCUGGAGAACACCUAUUAUCAGUUCCUGAUCGCGUUAUUGGUGCCCAGCAUUCUGUUCGUGGUUAGCUGUGUGACGUUGAUCUUUUGUCAAAAGACCGUGGUGGUCGGGGACGACGCGAAGAUGCGAUUCAAGGGCUCGCCCGGCGCGCUCGCGUCGAUGGAAAAGAGCGCUUCGGGUAACCUGGGGGAUGCUGGCGGAGGAAACUCUGCUAUGGCGCUCUGAGAUCCGUCACGCAUUCCCCUCCUGGAGGAGAGUCCGGCUCGUCAGUCGAUAUUCUCCCUGCGCGGGCAUUAUUAAGGUGUGGGGAGGGGGGGAACGCGUGGUUAAAAUUCUCAUCUUGCAAAAACCAAAAAACUAAACACACAAACAUUUCUGCAAAAGCAUCGAUAAACUAAAAAGAAGCAAAAACCGGAGAGCAAGCGGUCAAGAACGAGACGUACCGAGCGAAAGAAUUUUUCCUACUUGCACUGCCUGGCACAAACACAUAC